GUGACCUUGCGCAACACGUGAUUUCAUGAACGAACCUAUUUAUCGUAACCUUUAAUAGUUGUUUAUUUGAAAUGAUGGUGACGAUAACAUAAACUAUCAAUUUCUAACAUAGUCACUAGUCAUAACUUGCAAGCUAUGCUUUCUCUAUUCAAAUCCGCUCUUGUCGGAUUGGCCAACACGGGUAGAUCCACGGGGCUCCAAGGUGUCCUGCAGAGUCAUCUGAAGGUCUUGUCUGCUGGGAUGAAGACAUACGAGGUGCCUCCAGACUACAGCGAGGUUGUGCUACCUGAAAGACCCAAGCUGAAGUUUCUGAACAAGGUGCCCAACUUUAAGAAGGCGAGGAAGGAGAUGAAGAAGCUAAGAGACAUCCAGGGACCAGCCCAGACAGCCAACACCUUCACCAAGGGACAGUACGGCAUCGUGGCGCUGGGCGGGGGCUACCUCCACUUUGGUCACAUGGAGAUGAUGCGUCUGACCAUCAACAGGAGGAUGGACCCUCGCACCACCUUCGCCCGCUGGCGUAUUAACGCCCCCUACAAGCCCAUCACCAGGAAGGGCCUGGGCCAGAGGAUGGGUGGGGGCAAAGGGAACAUCGACCACUACGUCACACCGGUGAAGUACGGACGGAUGAUUGUGGAGGUCGGGGGACGGCUGGAGCUGGGCGAGGUGGAGCCUAUCCUCAAGGAAGUGGCCAAGAAACUGCCCUUCCCUGCCAAGGUAGUGUCCAGAGAGAGCCUGGCUGCCAUGCAGCAGGAGCAGCAGGACAUGGAGCAGAACAACCAGAACCCCUGGACCUUCCAGAGGAUCGCCAGGGGCAACAUGCUGGGGGUCAGGAGGGUCCUCAGCCCCUUUGACCUCCACAACCACGGGAAGCACAGCGGAAAGUUCCACAACCCGGGCAGGGUGUGAGGGAGUCGCCGUGGUGCCCUCAAAUACAUUUUAACAGCUGACUGCAGUUUGGAACAUGGAUUGCAUCCAAAAUGGCUGCCUGUUCCCUAUUCGCUGCACUACGACGCAGCCCAUGGUGCCAUGUCAGACACAGCCCAUGGAGCCAAAAUGGCCGCCUAUUCCCUAUUCGCUGCACUAUUUUUGACCAGAGCCCGGGUGCCAUGUCAGACACAGCCCAUGGAGCCAAAAUGGCUGCCUAUUCCCUAUUCGCUGCACUACUUUUGACCAGGUGCCAUGUCAGACACAGCCCAUGGAGCCAAAAUGGCUGGCAGUCACGUGGAGAAUUCUCUCCUUCUGUGUGACUCCCUUAUUGGAAUGUAGCCUGUUACUUGUCUGUACCAGAUCAGUGAUUGGUGUUCAAUCAGGAAAUAAAGAUGCUUGUCUUCUAA